AGAAAUAGGUAAUCGGAGAUUAUGAAAUGGAGGAUGAGCUGAAGAACUUGGUCAAGGUAUGGAUCACAACCACCUUAUGUCUAUCUUAUUGUCAUUACAUAGUGUCCAUAUUAAUCCCAAAGGGACUGCUCAGGCUCAUCUUCCUCCUCCCCGUCUUCUACCUCUUCAUCACCGCCCCCCUAAAUCUCCAUUCCUUCCAUCUUUGUGGACCUACAAUCGUUCUCCUAGUCUGGCUAGGUAUCUCCAGGCUCCUCCUCUUCUCCUUUAACCUUGGCCCUCUCUCACCACCUCCACCUUCACUCUUCCAUUUCAUCUCCCUAGCUUGCCUCCCCGUCAGAAUCCAACAACACCCACCUCGAAAAACAUCCCCAAUUCAUCACAGUGCCACAAAGGUUCUGCCAAGCAAGACAAUUGUGUUAGCUGUGAAGGCGUUGCUUUUGGGUAUGAUCAUUCAUGCCUACAAGUACAGACCAUAUUUGCACCCGUAUGUGAUUCUAGCCUUGUACUGUUGCCAUAUGUACUUGGGUCUAGAAGUGUUCUUUCCCCUUAUCGCGACUCCCGUUCAAGCUCUAGGAUUCGAGCUCGAACCGCAGUCCAAUGAGCCUUACCUCUCCACUUCGCUUCAAGACUUUUGGGGCCGUCGGUGGAACCUAAUGGUCACGAAUAUCCUGCGUCCAACGGUAUACGAUCCCACCCGACGCGUGUGCGCUCGUGUAGUUGGGGAACGGUGGUCGACGGUCUCGGCUUUGUUGGCUACCUUUGCCGUCUCCGGCUUAAUGCACGAUGCUACUUACUAUUAUCUAACGCGCGUGCAGCCCACGUUGGAAGUGACAUGGUUUUUUGUGCUACAUGGGGCUUGCGUGGUGGCUGAGGUGGAGGUGAAGAAGGCGGUUGCCGGAAGGUGGAGGCUGCACCCGGUGGUUUCACGGCUGUUGACUUUGGUGUUCUUGGCGGUGACCGGCAACUGGCUGUUCUUUCCUCAGUUGCUUAGGAAUGGCGUUGAUACAAAGGCUAUACAAGAGUAUGCAACUAUGGUGGAUUUUGUAAAGGCUAACCUACCAUCCAACAAAAGCUAG